UAGUCGUUGAAUGGCGCCACUGUGGGCUGUUUCUGCACGGCAAAUGUGAAGGCACCACGGGCACGUCACGCGCUGGGACUCUGCGGUGACGCAGGCAGAAGGGGGCGUUACCGGGGCAACGCUCUCAUUCAUCGAUCACGACCGGCGGGAGCGCGCUGCAUCACCUGCAGGGUCCGCCAGGCAGGCACCUGUCCACGUCAUAUCCGGUCCGGUUCUGGCCAUGGACUACGAGCAGAGGGCUCGGGACACGGCGGACUGUCUGCUCCGGUACCGGACGGACGAGGCCGGCUGGAAGGUCUGCAGGAGAUCGAACAACGUGGUCGUGUCCUGGCGUCCUUCCACCGAGUUCCCCGGAAAUGUUUAUAAGGGCGUAGGGGUUCUGAACGGGAGUCCAGCUAAAGUGUGGGAGUGUCUGAAACCGGAGCCCAACGGACUGCGGGUGAAGUGGGACGACAACGUGAAGAAGUUCCAGCUCCUGGAGCAGAUCUCUGAGGACGUCGCCAUCUGCCGAACCGUCACGCCCUCAGCAGCGAUGGGAAUCAUCGCCCCGCGGGACUUCGUAGAUGCCAUUCUAGUGAAGCGAUAUGAAGAUGGUGCCAUUUCUUCAAACGCCACCAACGUGACCCACCCCAGCUGUCCUCCCCAGUCCGGCUACGUGAGAGGUUUCAACCACCCAUGUGGCUGCAUCUGUGUUCCCAUCUCUGGAGAACCCAACAAAACCCAGGUGUUCAGCUUCUUCCAGACGGACCUAGGCGGCCUGCUUCCUCGCUCUGUGGUGGACUCCUUUUUUCCCUCCAGCAUGGCCGACUUCUACAGCAACCUGGCCAAAUCUGUCAAGUCCCUCAAAGACCUUUGACAGCAAGACAGAAGGAGCUUUCCUCCAUGUGUGAUAGGCUGGUUUACGGGUCAGGCCACGCCUUUCCUUCCAUUUUAAAUAAAGACCUCCAAGUGAACCAGAUAAUUCCCUAUAUUCAUCCCCAAAUCCCAAAAACUUUAGGACACCAUUUAAAAUGUAGAUAAAACCAGGAUACAUCUCAUAAACCUACCUUUUGUUUGCAAUGGAAAAUAGAGAUCAUGUUAAAUAUUCUUUUGACUCUCAGAAGGUUUGAAUCAAGCCAACAGGACUUCCAUUUCAUGGUCCCUGAAUACGUUCCACCUUUGUUCCGGAAGACGUUCCACCUUUGGUCCCGAAGACGUUCCACCUUUUGUUCCCGAAGACGUUCCACCUUUGAUCCCGAAGACGUUCCACCUUUGAUCCCGAAGACGUUCCACCUUUGGUCCCGAAGACGUUCCA